AUUCCCUAGUAUUGCACUGCUUAUGCUCUUCAACACAAAAUGUGCAUGCAUGGCUGAAAUUAGCGGGCAAGCUUGUUACCACACACACAUUAGAUUAAUUUGUAUCCAAGAGAGUAAUUUCCUCCAAACUAGCUUGUUAUCUGUUAAAGAUAAUUUUACGAUAUUUUGAAAUAUUUUUGCACGACAUAAAAGCUUACCAACCUGAUUCCUUAGGAAAAACUUAAAUAUUAAAAAAUUUCUUCGUUCGUUUUUAAACACGUAGAGCCAUAAAUAUUUGCUCUUUCCGAAAUUGUAAAUUCUCCAAAGUUAAGCAGUAAUAUCUUUGUUGGUUUCGGUUUCACUUUGAUGACACAAAUUAAACAAAUCUACCAUAAAUUUAUUAGAAGCCGUCACGCCCCACAGAGCGACAGCACGAUUGUACUCCUAGCCUGCAGACGGACUUUCCUUCGUUAAGUCUUCGUUGAGGACUUAACGAAGGAACCGCAAAGGAAAGUCCGACUGCACGCAGGCUAUUGUACUCCUCGAUUAAUAUAAUCAUUUAUUGGUUGGAUUCUGUCCAUUAGUAUAAACAAACAUUAACAUAAACAAACAUUAGCAUUCGUGGUCAACGCUUAAUUAGCACUUUGUUUUGAAUUUCCUUGAGUAAACAAAAGGCAUAGAGUCAGUAUACACUUGUCAAUUUCCCCCAAAGGAUGCGUUCCUUUUAACGGUUUUUAGCUUUCCUUGAAAAUCUGAUAUUUACUAGUACCAAAAGGAAAACAAGAGGAAAAUUUUGAGGUAGCUAUGAACUACAAAGAUCCCACUGGAUCGGUUUUGACUUUGAGAAAUCGCCGCCUUUCCGAACCGCAAAAGCUACCGAAGCGUGUGUCUUUCAAAGAUGAGGCAUGGGUUAUUCACAUUCCCGCUCGCGACGAAAACACCGUGGGUUUGCGAGAGAGUGUGCUAUUUACAAGAAACGGCGUAGCAGGGAACUCUUUGUCAGCGAACAAAACAUCAGCCCUCAAGCCAAACACAGGUGCAAACUUUGAAACUUUCUCUCACAAAUCUUCGUUUGCAAGCUCGGAACAGGCAGACACGCAAACAUGGAUGACUUCAACGACUACUUUGGGACCUAGAAAGAGUGUUGCCCCUUACAAGUCAAUUCUAAAAGCAUCAGCAUCGCAGAAUCGUUUUCACGAAGAUCAUUUGAAAACGCACAACUUGCACACAGCCUACGUCGGAGAAGCCUCAAGGCAUUUUCUGAACAAUUACUUUAAACAUGAUACCAGUCAUCUACUGCCAUCGACAAAUGUCGUGAAAAGAGUCGAGAGACCAGUUAUAACCAGAACACCGUCAUCGAGGCGCUCACUCCCAAAUAACCGCGCUCUUGGAACUGAGGACGCCUCGCUGUUCAACCAAACUGGACGACCGGCUGGUAAAGAAUUCACAGCGGGAUCUCACAGAACUCUUCUCGAUCACACCUUUAAAACCACGGCCAAUGAAGGAACGAGUAAGGCUGGCACUGCCGCGCAGCCAGGGAUAAAUUUCGGCGUAGUUGGAGUUACGUAUGGGGGUGUGAACGAGAUGCCUUACUUUUACGGCAUCAGAGGAAUCGCUAAUAACGGGAUAGCCGAGUAUUCUAGUGAAAAAAGAGCUUCCUUCCACGACCGAACUCGCUCAGAACAUUCCUCGGUAUCUACGCCGCACAAAAACAGCCUUUCGCCUAAAACACAGGAAAGAUAUCUAUCAGCAAUUCCAGCUAUUGAAACUUUCAACAGACGGAGCCGUGGAACAGGGAGUUAUUCUUCGAGCGACUGGUCCCGCAAACAAGAUACAAGCCCAAAGAAGCAAUUACAAUUACCAAUUGCUUGGCAACUUUCCAAACAGAAUAAUUUCUCAACAAAGUAGAGAGGAUGGUUUCGAUAAGAAUUUGCAUCACCUCACGUCCACUCUCUCUCAUGAACAGGGAUGAAAAUCUCUAGAGCUAUUUCCGCUAAAUCAUCCCCCGCGAAAACUCCGAUUUUGUAAUGAAGAAGCAGAAAAUAAAGCUGUGGUCUUCAAAUAACGUGCUUGUGUGUGCUUUAC